AUGGCACCCAACAAGUGGGACGAAGAGUCCGAAGACGAGAGCCCCGCCGCCCCCGUCGUGCGCCGCGGCAAGUGGGACGACGAAGAGGAAGAGGAUGUCCUCGAGUCGUGGGACGCCGCCGAGGACUCCGAUGCCGAGCGUGAGAAGGCAAAGAAGGCCGAAGAGGCCAAGGCCAAGGCUGAGGCUGAAGCCAAGGCGAACCACAAGUCGAAGAGCCAGCGCAUCGAGGAGCGGAGACAGGAGAAGCUGAGGAGGCGGCAGGCCGAGGAGGACGAGAGCAGCGACGAGUCCGAGGACGAGGCCACCCGUCGUGCCCGCUUGCGGAGGACCGAGCAGGAUGCCGACCUGAAGGCGGCUGAGGACCUCUUCGGCGAGCUGGCUAUCGGUGGUGGCAGCAAGCGUUCUGCUACGAAGCCUGUCACAAUGUCCGACCCCAGCGACCCUGGCAACACGAUCGACCUUUCCACGCUUCCCAUCUUCAACCCGCAGACGAAGGAUCAGUUCCUCAAGCUGCGCGAGACGCUGGCGCCGCUUAUCUCCGCCAAUGCCAAGAAGGCGCAGUACACGAUCUUCAUGCAGGAGUUCGCCAAGAUGAUCUGCAAGGAGAUGCCCAGCGACCAGAUCAAGAAGGUUGCCUCGGGCUUGACGACGCUGUCGAAUGAGAAGAUGAAGGAGGAGAAGGCUGCGGAGAAGGGCGGCAAGAAGAGCAAGGCCGCGAAGACCAAGACCAGUCUGAACGCAGCCCGCGACACUACGUCCAGAGCUGACACUACGGCCUACGACGAUGACUUCGGCGACGACGACUUCAUGUGA